AUGGAAGUCUUGGACGCAAUAGCGGAAUCUCUUUGGGCUUUUAUAAGGGACAGCCAACUCUCACUUCCUCUGAACUUAAAUGUAUCUUUUAUAUAGUCUUGCGAAGCUUUAAAAUCUUGGCAUCCAACAAUAAAUCUUCCAGACACACAAACUUUUUGGCAUGAAACAUCAGAGAUUUCCUAUUGCCGUCUACGAGGUAUGGUCCAAAACCAAUCAGAGCCAGAAAUGUUGGUUGGCUUCUUUAUAGAAGAAGACAAGAUUUACUCCACUAAAUUUGGUAGAGUCCCAAAAGAGUCAUCUUCUCUAAUAGAUUCAAUUAUAAUACAGAGAUAUCCAAUAAAAGUAAUUUCAGUCCCUGGCGAGAGAAAUUGUGGAGAAGUUCCUAGGGUCUUUUUAUAUGAUGAAUCUGGAGAAACCAUAAAAUUAAACACAAUUAUUGACGGCUUUGGAAUUUUCAUUGAAGGAGAAUUCCAUAUGAUAAAACUCAUUAAUGAGCCUGAAGUUAUAGAAAUACCUGAUGGAAGAUCUGAAGUUUUGUCAGGAAUUUCUCAGAGUUUAGGUGGAGACUUAUUAGCAGCCGAACUUGUCUUGUACAAUCUUUUAUCAAAAGUUCAAGAGCGGCGAUCAAUGGUUGGGAUACUUCCUAUAAACCUUAUCAACCUCUCAGAUCCUCAAAUAUUUAUUUCUUCCAUAUCAUCAUUAAUUCGGACAGUUUCCUUGCCUCUUACAAUAAAUUCUCUAUCAACUCAGAACUUUACCCCAACCAAAAACUACGAAAAUGAUGAGCUUGAAGCUUCCCCCUUGCAAAUUCCUGAUAAUUCAUUGCUAAUAUUAGAUGAAACCCAACUCUCAUCUGGACAGCUAAAUGAGCAAGGAAUAAAGAACUUACAAACAUUAGCACAUCUUAUCGAGAGGCAGCAGAUAUCUUAUGAUUUCAAAUAUUACCAGUCAGAGUUUCAGACUGAUAUAAAAAUCAUCAUAAUCAAAUAUGGCGUCUUAGAGCUUCGCUGUCGGUUAUCACGACCUCUUCGAGCACAUAUUUUAAUUUUAUCUGCAAGGUUUUGCCAUCUCUGUAAUAGACAGCAAUGCUAGGUAAGCAAUUCUUGAUGUAUCGGAACCUACCCCAAGUCCGCUUUCAAGGAUGGAUUUUAGCUCAAGGGAAAUGCCUAGACCAAUCGAGUAUUUCACCAGUGUGAAACCAGGAGUUACGUCCUAGCUAUUGUUUUCCUUUUUGCCGAAGGUUGACUAAAAAUUCCAUUUUUUGAGAUUUUUGUGUGGACAACCCUGUCCCCCUCACACACUAGCAUCAGGCAAGGCCGCACAAAUCCGAAGACUGCCUACUCAACACUGAGCCGAAAGGCAAGGAGGAGGCACUGCCAUAUCUUGUGGAAGAAACAACAGUCACAAAGCGGUUGAAUCUCCGGUAUGGAGAUCCUUGGCUAUUUCAUUAAAAUUAGUGUGAGAGCCUGCAUGUUAAUAAGUUAAGUUAAGAUAAAAAAUCAUCAGCAUCUCAAGCGGAAGAUCUCUAUUGAAACUGCCUUUAUUCAUAGCUGUAAGAGAAUCUGCAAGCCCUGCUGCAGUGAUUUUUACCACUACUCAUGCCGAUUAUAUCAAAGGAUGCUCAAAAAUUGCUGUAGCUAUGUCAGAUGAAAUCAUAAAAACUGCGCAAAAUUACUUUGUAAACCAAAGACAAAGCUCAAGCAUUUCUGAAGAAGAAUUCCACUUAUUGUUAACCUUAACAAGAUAUAUCGCCCAAAGCGAAAGGAAAACAAGCGCAGAAGUCUCACAUUGGGAGCAAGCUAAAACUCUUCUCUGUGGCAUAAAGUCAAGACAAACUAAUUAA